AUGACUCACACCCGAGUAAUAUCAAAAUACGCUAACUCAUGGACUCUCUCCACCCGUAACGAACGUACUAAACAGCGUAUAGUUUUAACUGGUAUCUUUACUGUUAUUGGAACAAUUGCUGUCAUAUUAAUUCUGAUGCAUUCCAAUAUUUGUUCAACGUCGACAACAACGUUCAGUACGCGUCAAGCGCAUUCAUUUUGGCUAACAAGUCCAAAGCAUCCACCACAUCAAGCACCUCUACUACGUACAUCAGUUAUCCUGUUCAAUGCUACAAACGGAUCGACAGUCGCAGGAUCAGCAUUGAAUUAUUUCAAAAGUUGCGGUAGUGUUGUUGUUGAUUCAAAACGAAACAUAUACGUUUCAGAUCCGUAUAACAGUCGUGUUCGACUUUGGUUAAAUGGAUCGUCUGCAGGGACGAUCAUUGCUGGAUCAGAUUUAGCAACAAAUAGUCUUGUUAUUGCUAAUCGUAUUUCUAACAAUGUCGUUCGAUGGAUCAUAGGUGCCAGUACAUGGACGCUUGUUGUUGAUGACAUCGGUGGAGCAGCUGGCACAUCCUCGAAAUUAUUAAACAGUCCUUGUAGUUUGGCAUUCGAUGUUCUAGGAAAUUUAUAUGUAGCUGACACUUUCAAUCAUCGUAUACAAUUUUUCCAGGUAGGCUCUGCAAACGGUACUACUGUAGCUGGAAAAACUGGAGUAUUUGGGAGUAACGCAACCUUAGUAAAUGUUCCCUAUGCGUUGAAACUUGAUAAUGAAAAUAAUUUAUAUGUGGCUGAUACAUAUAAUCAACGCGUACAGAGAUGUCCAAUCGGAUAA